AGAAAAUCCUCAUCCCUCAGGGAAAGCGUCUGAGCGGCCAAAACAGCUGUGAAGGAUGGAGCAGCAGCAAUCAGCAGCAAAGAAAAUGAACAGGAUGUCAGCCUGCAUGACGUGGCUUCUCCUUACCCUCCUUCUGUUUGGAUGCCAAAAUGGAGGCUGUAAGUCCUCCCCGGAGGCUCAAAAGGAGGCGGCCACUAGCGACAACAGCACAGUGUUCACCAGGAUCCUGGAUGGGCUUCUUGAUGGUUAUGACAACAGGCUGCGGCCUGGCCUUGGAGAGAACAUCACAGAGAUCAAGACGGAUAUUUUUGUCACAAGCUUUGGCCCGGUUUCUGACACAGAAAUGGAGUACACCAUUGAUGUGUUCUUCCGUCAAACUUGGAAGGACGAGCGCCUGUGCUUCAAAGGGCCGAUGGAAAAGUUGUCCUUGAACAACCUGCUGGCCAGCAACAUUUGGACACCUGACACGUUCUUCCUCAAUGGCAAGAAGUCCAUUGCUCACAAUAUGACCACGCCAAACAAGCUGCUGAGGCUCAUGGAUGAUGGCACUCUGCUUUACACUAUGAGACUGACAAUAUCAGCCGAAUGUCCCAUGCAACUGGAGGAUUUCCCCAUGGACGCCCACGCCUGUCCGCUGAAGUUUGGCAGCUAUGCCUAUCCAGUGUCUGAGGUGGUUUAUACGUGGACUCAGGAUGCUUCCAAGUCCGUAGUGGUGGCAGAUGAUGGGUCCAGACUCAACCAGUACCUUCUGAUUGGAUUAACCGCUGGCACGGAGGACAUACACACAAGCAGAGGUCAGUAUACAGUGAUGAUGGCUCACUUCUACCUGAAAAGGAAGAUUGGAUAUUUUGUCAUCCAGACAUAUAUGCCAUGUUUCAUGACUGUAAUCCUGUCCCAGGUGUCAUUUUGGCUAAAUAGAGAAUCUGUUCCUGCACGGACAGUUUUUGGGGUGACCACAGUGCUGACAAUGACCACCCUCAGCAUCAGUGCCAGAAACUCCCUCCCUAAAGUGGCUUACGCUACAGCGAUGGACUGGUUCAUUGCCGUCUGUUACGCUUUUGUCUUCUCAGCCCUCAUCGAAUUUGCAACGGUGAACUAUUUCACCAAGAGGAGCUGGGCAUGGGAUGGCAAGAAAGCUCUGGAAGCACAGCACCCAAAGAAACGAGACCCCAUGGUGCUGUCGAAAAAGUCCAACAACGUUUGCUCAGCAGCUGUCCACUACACGCCCAACCUCACGAAGGACAUCUCAAUUGCCACCAUCUCCAACACAUCAGUGCAGCUCCGAGCCUCUGAAGCAAAGAUGGUGGACCCCAAGAAGACCUACAACAGUGUCAGCAAGAUCGAUAAAAUGGCCCGGAUAGUGUUUCCUGUUCUUUUUGGAACCUUCAACCUUGUUUACUGGGCCACAUAUCUGAACAGGGAACCAGUGAUUAAAGGAGCUGUUGCCUCAACCUAGUCUUAUUUUGGAACAUUUUACAUUUUGUGACAUAAGUUCAUCCUAAAAGGACAAACAACUCACAUAAAUGCUUGAAAAACUACAUUUCAAGUGCUGUUGAAGGCUGCAGUGGAAUCCUGUCCUUUUUUUGAUGACCUAAAGUGCUGCUUGAUGGCACCGUAAACCAGAGUUUACGGUGCUAUUCUUUUUGCUCAUCCAUCCUGCUGCGGCUCGCAUGAUGCACCCCUCAAAAGACACCAGAGAACACAAUGUAGAUGCCAAUUACAGCUUACAGCACAGGAGCUCGCCAUUGCUCUUACUUGACAAAGGUUUCUAUAUUCAUUAUAGGUAUUUGCAACGGAGCAUCAUGUUGUUGUUGCCUUAGAUCUAAUUGCCUGGGAUGCUCUGCGCAUAUACUACUGGGAAACUGCCAUACAACAUUGCAUUUGACUAAAAUCCCUUGGACCUUACAUGUUGAUAAUUUGCUUUCGUGUUGCGUUUUCAUUUGCUUUUAAAGUAAACAGGUUUUUUUGUAUUGGAGUGGUCACUGUCAUGCUUGUGCAUCUUGCAUAUUCACGCCUUCCGCUACAUCUGGUUAUCCAAU